CAACUUUUUUUAGUAUAAAAACUAGCGAACGAACAUGAUCGGCACAGUUUGACUUGCUUUCAAGCUUCACUAUGUUCACCAAGGCUCUCAUCUUCGCCCUUUUGGGUGCUACCCUCGUUCUGGCUAACCCCAUCAGCCAGGAAAACUCUGUCGAGGAACACGCUGAGAACAGCUGGAAGGCUAAGGUUGGAGAAUGGGUCCACCAUGUUGAAGAUUCUCUUAAGGAGUACUUGGAACAGGGCAAGGGGAGCUUCGAAGAAGCUGUCAAAGAGCUGAAACAGAAGGGUGAGAAGGCUGUCGAAAUCAGCAAGGAGAAGUGGGCUGAGCUCAAGGAAAAGUACGAUGAUGAAGUCAAGGAGAAGGCUAAGGUUGCCAUUGCUGAAAAGAAGAAGGUCUGGGGUGCCCGUCUUGAAGAGUGGAAACACAAGGGAGAGGUAGCUCUUGAGCAAGGCAAAGACAAGUUCGCUCAACUGAAGGAGAAGGCCAAGGAAGCCCUCAAGGAAGAGAAGACCAAGUGGCAGGCUAAAUUCGAAGAGUGGAAGCAGAAGGCUAAGGAAGCCAUCGAAGCUGCUAAGCACAAGCUUAACAAGAAGGAGGAAUAAGAAGUUAAUUCUUCCUGUCUUUUAGCGCUGAUUAUUUUAAUCUUUUUAUACGAUGAUAUUUUAAAUAAAUUGUU